AUUUCCAAACGCGUGCGGGUCCCUAUAUUUUUUCCAUUUUCCCAAGUUUCUCUUCUUGUACUUUCUCGAGAAUUCUCUCUCUUCCCCCACACGCUCCCUUCCUCUCUCACCUAUUUUGAAUUUUGAAUAAGGUUCAAAUUAAUGGCAACUCUUCUCUCCUCUAGGGUUUAACCUAUUUAUGAUGAGUUUUUUUUUUUUUCUUUUUCAAAUUCUAGAUCCGUCUCGCCUUGAAUAAAACCUAGGUAUGCAUAUUUCAUUUUCCAUUUUCAAAAUAAUUGCGAAUUUGAGGUGUCAUUUUACUACCGAAUGCAUGUGUGUGUUUAGCAAUAGAUUUUUUUGUUUUGUUUUAGAUAACGUGGUGUUUGGGUCAGCUUGCGUGCAAUUCAGCUAAUUUCACGGGAUAACUGCCCCUCCCACCAGCAACUGAAACCACCAAAUAACUGUGUCCAUUAAGGCUACGAUACAUUGGAAGAAUUCACCUAGUGUUUUUGUUUCUGUUGGAAUUUGAAAUUUGAGCCCUCGUGGUUUUCAACCGACUUCAUUGACCAUAAGGUCACACUCUUGGGUGUGUGAGAGAAUUUAGUAUACGAUUUUCAGUAAUUGUUUUGAUUUCUUGUAUAUGUAGUUCAGCUAUUAUUAUUGGUUAUAAUUGAGAAUGUCUGGUUUAAUUGAUUCUAAUCUUGUGUUGUUUAGAGAUGAUCAUAUUUCUGUAUUGAAUGUGUCCCCGUGGAUUGUUGCCCAAUUUGGCUUAUUAAAAAUCUAAAUUGUGCUUUCAGAAAUGAAAUUAUUCUGAACAUCAGCAGAUGAAGAUAAGUAGACCUAGUUAAUUUAAUGGAGUAUUACCUGCCGUUGGUUGGUGUAUACAAAGUUGGUAACUCAACUGUAAAUAUUUGAUUGCCUUUGCUCGUAAAAUUGUUUUUUUAAUCUCUUUUUCUUGUCCUGUUAGUUGAAGCCAUGAGCUCUAAGAGAAAAUCCCACUGUUAAAGAACAACAUUUUGUAUCUUGCUGGACUAAGAGAAUUCUAUUAUCUGAUUCUUUGGGUAACUGGGAGUGUAGAUUAAUGGUCAAUGAGGCUAUAAUGGAUUAUCAAAGACCAUGGUUCUAAAUCAAGCUGAGGCUAAAUAAAUAAAUAAAUAAAAAAGGUUAUUUCCUUCCGUCUUUCCAAACCUUGGUAAGCAGAGUUUCUUGGUACAUGUACUGGUCAAAGAUACAAGUUGAGGUGUGGCAAGCUGCACGUAUACCACCAUUAUCUGAAAAUUAUGUGAUUCAGACGGCAGAUAUCAUAGAAGAAUGUCCUAGUGUAAAUGAAUUCAGACCUUUUGAAUUAGGAAAUUGUAAGUAGGAAUUCAUGGGUGCACAUGCGUGCAAGUCACUGCAUGCAUGAUCAUAACUGUAGAUUCAACAACAACAACAACAUACCCAGUGUAUUCCCACAUAGUGGGGUCUGGGUAGGGUAGAGUGUACGCAGACCAUACCUCUACCUCAGGUGAAGUAGAUUGAAUUAUUAAUAUUAUUAUUGAAAGGCGUGGAAAAUCUUUAAAAUGUUUAUGCUUGGAUGCUCAAUGUUGUGUUUGGGACUUGGAAGCAAUUUUGAUGUUUAGAUCGUCUAGGAAAUUUUUGGAGAAUUAAGUACAUCUCCUUGUUCUCUAAAAAUAUGCCCAAUUUUCUCACCCCAAUAUGAAAAAGACAAUGUGAUCAUAGAAAGCAAUAGCAAGACAAGUAGAGUGGAAGAAUGAAUUGCCUGGAAAAUCACUUGGAAGUUGGAAAGGUUUUGUUUUCGACAGAUUUCUUUGACAUGGUGUUCACUUCCUCCUCAUGUCCAUAAACCACGGAAACUCGGUUAGUGUUCGAGAUAUAUCUUCUCACCAGCACUCUCACUGCCAUGUCAAUAAUACAUGUUGGGGCACUUCUUUGUCUAAAGUAGACAGGGACGCAGUGUUACUUAAUAUGUCAUGUAGCGUGAUAUCUUGGAGAACUUGUUUUUUAGUGGGUUGUCAUUACUCAUUUCCCUGUGAUUAGUUAAAUAUUGUUUUGCUGUGUGUAAGUAGCUUAAUGUCUAUUAAAUUAUUUUGGGCACCGAAGAGUGUGACCUAGUGGUCAAUGAAGAGGAUUGAGAACCAUAAGUUCUCGUGUUCAAAUCUCAGCUGAUGCAAAAAAAAUAGUAGGUGAUUUUUUCCCUUUGUCUUGUCCAAGGCUUGGUAGAUAGAGUUACUCGAUAUUUGUGCUGGUGAGAGGUAGCACCGUAGCAGGUAUUACGUGGAAUUAGUCAAAGUGCGCAUAAGCUGGCAGGACACCAUGAUUAUGUAUAAAAAUUCAUUAUUCUAGGUCCUGUCUGCUGAAAAUGGAAAUACUCUCCGGUAGCUGAGGAAUUAACAAUUUUAUGAAAGGAAUGGCAACUGUAAAUCCUUAUUUUGAUGAUUUGCAAUGUCAACCCGAGGUCGUUAUUCCUCCACAAAAUGAAGACUGCACGGACAUUGGCGAACAUAUGAAUGAUCCUGUUCAACAAACAUCAAAAUCUAAUGUGACUGUUUCCAGCAGUGUUCGUGAAUUAUUGGAAUGUCCAGUAUGCUUAAAUGCCAUGUAUCCGCCCAUUCAUCAGUAAUUAGUUCAUCUGGCUCUUCGCCCUUAUUGCAGUGCUCCAACGGUCAUACUCUGUGUUCUUCUUGCAAACCAAGGGUACAUAAUCGCUGCCCAACAUGUCGGCAUGAACUUGGUAACAUUCGAUGUCUUGCGUUGGAGAAGGUUGCUGCAUCUCUCGAACUCCCAUGUAAAUAUCAGAGCUUUGGAUGUAUCGGCAUCAUUCCUUACUACAGCAAGCUAAAGCAUGAGUCCCAAUGCUCUUUCAGACCCUAUAAUUGCCCUUAUGCAGGGUCAGAGUGCACUGUCAUUGGCGACAUACCAUAUUUAGUUGCGCAUUUGAAAGACGAUCAUAAAGUUGAUAUGCAUGUGGGCAGUACUUUCAACCAUCGUUAUGUGAAAUCAAAUCCCCAUGAAGUGGAAAAUGCUACAUGGAUGCUCACAGUUUUCAGUUGCUUUGGUCAGUACUUCUGUUUACACUUUGAAGCAUUUCAACUUGGAGUGGCACCCGUUUAUAUUGCAUUUUUACGGUUCAUGGGUGAUGAUGAAACGGCAAAGAACUUCAGCUACAGUCUUGAAGUUGGAGGCAAUGGAAGGAAGCUGAUUUGGCAAGGGGUACCAAGAAGCAUCAGGGACAGUCAUCGUAAGGUUCGAGACAGUUUUGAUGGCCUCAUCAUUCAACGUAAUAUGUCGCUCUUUUUUUCUGGUGGAGACCGGAAAGAAUUGAAGCUUAGAGUUACUGGUAGGAUAUGGAAAGAACAAUGAUAUCCAUUGUUGCAGUCGAAGGAGUAGUUUUUUAUUCAUCUAGCUAUCAGUUCAAAUCUAGUUUUUUAUUCAUCUAGCUAUCAGUUCAAAUCUUCUGGUCAGUGUAUUUUCUUGAACAAGGAGCAACCUCUCUUUGCUUGUCCAUGAUUAAAAUACUUUAGUGAGAAGAAGGCCUAGUCAGUUUGUGGAAUGUGUCUUGCUGCUGUGUAAUGUGUGCCACAGUAAAAGAUGUCUAUCCAUGAAGUUCUUUUUAUUGAAAAUUCAUUGCAGAA